AUGGCUCCAACCGAAGUUGCAAAUGCCCCUAAGAAGUUCAAUGGCAUACUAACCAAGCUACCUGUGAUAUCAGAAGGUGCCCGUAUCGAAAAACGCCCCUUAACCAGGCGCCAGGCUCCAGCGUCACCCAAAUCCCGGAUUAUCUACGUGUCUUCUAAAGCACCGUUCAUGGCAGUUGUCAAGCGUGCCCGCAAGCAGCUUGAUGCCUCGCUCAAAAAGACCGACGCUGCACCCAAGUACGCGACGCUGCACGCGCGUGUCGAGAGUCUUAAGAGGACUAGCGGCAGUGUUGACAGCGGCAUUGUGACAGUUUUAGGUGCCGGAAAGGCAAUCGAGAAGACGCUUUCCCUCGCCAGUUGGUUUGAGCAAGAGGGUGACUGCGAGGUGGAGAUCAAAACGGGCACUAUUGGCACCAUCGAUGAUGUAGUCGUUGAAGGGGAUGAGGAGGACGAGAGCCGCCUGAGGAAACUCAACUGUUUGGAGGUCCGGAUUAAGCUCAAGUGA